UUGAGUGAUGGGGUGUCUGCUUAUGUGCUAUUUUACUCCGCAGGAUUGCAUUUUCCUGUCUACCUGAUUCUAACCCAAAGAAUAGGAAUUUAUAGAAUUCUUGACUUUAUUAGUAUACUCUAGGUCUAGAUCUAGAUCUAAUCUAGAUCUAAAUAUUUUCACACAAAAUGAAGUGAUACAGAUUCUAGAUCUACUGAUGUUCGUAUGAUUUGGAUUAGAUCUAAUCUAUCUUUAUUAUUCAUAAUGGAUGGAUUCAGAGCUUUGAUUUGGGUUACAUUUAUUCACAGUUUAGCCAUAACUGAAGGUCUCAAAUGUUAUUCCUGUGAAAACUGUGAUGUGCCAAUUGAAAACAAAACAUGCAUAACAGAUGGGCUAUGCGUGUCAGUAAUUGUUAGAGACAAAGAGAAAGAUAAAAAUGGAGUGAUAACCAGUAAUAAAUAUAUCCCUCGUAUCAGCCGAAGAUGCUAUAAUGAUAGUAGGAAUUUUCUACGUGGGCGACCUCUCUUCUGCCACGUCAAUGAAGCUUUGAAGCAUGAGCAAAAUGUUGUGUGUUGUUCAGAUCACCUGUGUAAUUUCAUUGUUCCAGAGUUGGCACCUGUACCACAGCCUGUUAACAAGCAAAAUUCAGAUCUUCUCUUAACAGCUACAGAAAUAUCAUUGACAAUAGUUCUACCUAUCAUUGUCAUUGGUGCAAUCAUUAUCGCUGGUAUCUUGUUAUAUUAUUGUUUGCACAAAAGAGUAAGACCCUAUGCUCCUCCACUAGACCAGAACAGUGAUACCAGUCUUUUAAUGGGCUCUCAACCUUCUUCUCUGAAAGAACUCUAUGAUUGGUCACAGUCAGGAUCUGGCUCAGGAUUACCACUAUUAGUUCAACGAACUAUAGCUCGACAGAUAAGAUUGUGUGAAAUAAUUGGUAAAGGAAGGUAUGGGGAAGUUUGGCGUGGCAACUGGAGAGGAGAAAAUGUUGCUGUAAAAAUCUUUUCAUCUAGAGAAGAAAGAUCCUGGUUUAGAGAAGCUGAAAUCUACCAGACAGUCAUGCUUAGGCAUGAAAAUAUUCUGGGUUUUAUUGCUGCUGACAAUAAAGACAAUGGUACUUGGACUCAACUAUGGUUGAUUACUGACUACCAUGAGAAUGGUUCAUUGUUUGACUACCUAAAUAGGCAGACUGUUUCACCAACUAGUAUGGUACGACUUGCUCACACAGCAGCCUGUGGCAUGGCACAUUUGCAUAUGGAGAUCCUUGGAGCUCAAGGUAAACCUGCCAUUGCUCAUAGAGAUCUGAAGUCAAAAAAUAUUUUGGUGAGAAGUAAUGGGACAUGCUGUAUCGCUGACCUUGGUCUGGCCGUUCGUCAUGACAGUAAACUUGACAGCGUGGAUAUAGCACCAAACAAUCGUGUGGGAACUAAACGUUAUAUGGCUCCAGAAUGCUUAGAUGAGACUAUCAACAUGGACCAUUUUGAAUCUUUUAAGCGUGCUGAUGUGUAUUCUUUUGGACUUGUUUUGUGGGAAAUAGCUCGUCGUUGCUCUGUGGGAGGUAUAUUUGAAGAAUACCAACAGCCCUAUUAUGAUUUGGUGCCAUCUGAUCCAUCUUUAGAAGAUAUGAGAAAAAUUGUGUGUGGUGACAAACAAAGACCUGCUAUUCCCAACAGAUGGCAAACUAUUGAGUCACUUCGGGUAAUGGCCCGUCUAAUGAAAGAAUGCUGGUACAGCAAUGCUGCUGCCCGUCUUACAGCUCUUCGCAUCCGGAAAACCUUGUCAUCCUUGGCCGAGCAUGAGGACAUUAAAAUUUGAGACAUGGUUCUUCUAUCUAUAAAGUAUCUUACAAAACAUACAGUUCAUUAGGCCAGUUUUAGUACAAGUAUUCAGGAUAUAAAAUAUGUAUUUAAGUAUAUAGUCUUUAUAUUAUAUGUAUUUCUGUGGGUAAUUUUUAUAAUUAUCAUGAUUUGAAUUAAUUUUCACUAAAAAGUUUUAAUAAGAAUGUAUUUCAUGACAAACAAUGAAAACUUAUAGGCCCUACAUAAUUGGAAAAAAAUAAUUUUUAAAUUUAUUCAUUUUUCAGUUAUUAUAAAGUACUGCUAAACCUUGGACUGUCUUUUGAAAAUAUAAAAUGUUUGUGUUCAUGCAGUUUUUCUAAAUAUUUGAUUUGUGCAAAGAAAGGCUUUUUACCAUAAAGUUAAAUAAACUGCAUUUUAAAGAAAAAGUGAUACCCAUUACUGUAUAAUUGUUUUUUUUCUCUAAAUUGUCUAAGUAUAGUUCAAAUUUUUAAAAAAAAUAUGUUGAGAAGUCUAUGUAAAGCAAUAUAGGCAAUUACUUGUAUGCCUCUUUACAUAAGGAUUGAGUACUGGUACAAGAUUGGAUUUUAUUUUUCUAUUGUAUAAACUCUUUUUUUUGUAUUGUCAUUUUUUUUUUGUAAUGGCUUUGUUCCGUUUGAGUGGAAUUGCUUGUAUAUUCCAAUAUUUGUUGGGUGUUUUAGGUAUAAAAAAAAUAUUGGUUAUUUUGUUACAUUGUGACAAACAUUUCUUAUUGUGUCAAGAUUACAUUGUUCAUAUACAAUUGUGUCCAUUCCUGCCUAUGUAUUGAAUAGGGAGGGUGAAAAUAAAUUUUAUGUCUUGAUGUAAUGUGUAGAUUAUUUACUUUCAUAUAAAUUUAAAGGGCAUAAAAUAAUUGGUUAUACUAUACUUUGUGAAAUUAAACAUGAUAGAAAACAUCUUGAAAAAUAAAAUAACAAAUGAAAAAAUAAUUUAGCCUCUUAAAUAUUUAAUAGAUAAAAUCAGGAUUUUAAAACUGUUGAAAGUGUUAUAACACUUUCAGCUAUAUUUUUGUGGGUUGUUGAAAGAGAUAUUAUUAAUGACUGUUGACUUUUUAAAAAAAAAACUUAUUUUCCAUUUCAAAUGGCAAAUGUCUUUUUGUAUAGUUUUCCUGUCUAUGUUUAGAAUGGGUAAAAUUGCUCUUGGGAAUCAUAAAGAAUUUCUGAAGGAUACUCAGUUGUCUUGAGAGUUGAUAUUGCAUAUUUUAGGUUGAUAAUUGCAUUUUUGUCAUUUUCAAAUAUGUUUAAGUUGUACAAAGAGCACUUCAAAAAUGUUAAGGCAAAUUUGUAGUUUGUAGAUCUAUUUUUAAAUAGUGAUACAGAAAUUAUGUACAUAACAAAAAUGUAUUGUUUCUCUUCAAUUGUAAAUGUUGUGAGUCUUAAUAAAUUAAUGUUUAUAUUUUAUGCACAAGUCAUGGUUUUUAAACUUGAUAGAAAAUCUUUGUUUUGUUAAAUUGUUAAAGCUUUUAGGGUUCUUUUAUGUUCAAGUUUAAAAGUGAGACAUGAAAUAUCUUUAAAUUAUAGAGAUUAUCUAGUGAACUAAUGACUUUAGUUCUAUCCUAAUCACAUUAAGAUGUGAAUAAAAUUUUAAGAUGUAAGUGAUCCAAGUGCCUUCCCUGGUUCUUUAUUGACUUGUUUAAAAGAUUUUUUACUGCUUCUUUCAUGCCAGUGUAUUUUAAAUUUUCUUUUUUUACCUGCUAUUUGUAGCAAACAUUUCCAGUGUUGUGUGGCUUUACAAGACCUAACUUUUAACCAAGUUUUAGAAGGCAAUUUGCAUUUUAGUUUAUUCUUUGCAUAACUUCAGGUCUAGUUGUUGGAAAUGAUUGAUGAUAAAUCCCCAGACUUUCAGUUAUCAACAAUGAUGGAUGUAUGAUGUCUAAGAGUUGUAUAGUUUGUAUACUAGUGGUGUAUAUAAAGAUGUAAAUGAAAAUAAAAUUAACCCAUUCAAUG